CUGGAUGAAUGUUCAUUCUUCCUAAACAUUCUUGUUUUCCACUGUUUUAUCUUCAUAAGGAAUUUCUAAUGUUUUGCCUUUAUUUUCCUAAUUCAGGAGAUGGUAGGUUCCAUGCAUCUCAUUACAGGUUAGUCUCUUUUUAAAAAAAUCACUUCUUGAUGAAGACAUAGAACUUUACUCAUUCCUCAAAAUUCACCGUGUUUCUUCAACUUGUCAGAUUCUCAACAUAAAUCAUUAUUGAUUUGAAAAUACUCACCUUCAUUUUAUUUGAUUGUUGUACAGAAACAUUUCCAAAAGAUUUGAAAUGUGAUAGAGAUGUCAUGAAUUGUCAGUGUACCUUCUGCUUUCCUAUCUAGAAUAGAGUAUCUGAAAUGCAUGAUUUUGCUGUACAGCAGUAUUAAUUGGAAAGACAAUUCUCUGAAGUGUCAAGGCUUUUAUUAUCUUCUUAUGAACAUCCAGCAUGUAAUACAUAUGAAUAUUGUUAAAUUAUUUUUAGAUUAUCUCAAAAUUUAUAAAAUGCCAGAUCCCUCCUGUGACAUCUGGCUAGCCCACCUCACAUUUCCUGAAAAUCUCUCUCUUCAGCAUAGGUAUAGGAUCAAAGCUUGAUUUGUUUCAUACAACUUGGGUCCCUCUAUGAUUUCAGACAAUUGGACGAAGUGAUGGGAACUGCUAUUCUAAGCUGAGCCAGUCUGAUCCUGUGUACUUUUAAAAUCACCUUAGAAUCCAAAUGUAUUCUAGUCUUUCUCUUAGGAAUAUUACAACGAAGUGACGUCAUCUCAAACCUCUGAGAGAGGAGAGGAAAGAGGUCCUGCGGAGGAUGUUCUUGUUAGUAAUCCCCAAGUCACCUUUCACUGUUGGGUGAGGCUGGGGACAGAGAAUUAAGAUGUGCUCAUGUAAUAGAUUUUUCUAGUCCAGCUCAGUAGAGGGAGGUUGGUUGGUUGGUUGGUUGGUUGGUUGGUUGGUUGGUUGGUUGUUUUUUUUAAAAAGCGUACUUAGAUAUUCCUGCCUAGAUUGGUGAAUUAUUCCUGUUAAUUUUGUAUUUUCAUUGAGCUACUAUAACACAAAUCAAAAAGUUUGUAAACUAUUACAGUAACAUGGAAAGAACUGUGAAUCUUUAGUCUAAAUGGGUAAUUUCGAAGAUAGGAGUAGUGGUACUCUCAGGACACUGAGGCAAGAUCCUGAGGACAGGGUCAGGCCUCAAGACCCUCUUUUGUUAGGACAAGCCACAGUGUUUUUCCUUUAAUGAAAAGAUGGUUUAGACCCUCGGUUAUUUCAAGUGACUACCAAAAGAGUUCAGAGAGCGGCUACCUAGGAAAAUACUGUCUAGUUUAUACAGCUUAUCAUAAAAGGAGUUAGGAUCCCAACAAAGCAAGAGGCAUCUACAGUAGGAGUAAAGGGCACACAACUUGGUGUUUUGUUCUAUGAUGAAUUAAGCAAAUGUUUACUGAGCAUCUUCUCUGUCCCAAGGGUUAGUUUAGAUAUUGUGGUGCAGCAGAGUGCAGUAAACAGUGCUGAAGUACUUACAGGUUACACAAAGGAAAUGACCAAAUAUGUUCAUCUGCUACAGUACCUGUGAGGAAAAACACCAGAGAGAAAAUGGAGUAAAAGGAAAUGGAGUGAAAGGUGCUUUUGUAUGAGUUUUCUCAUAGGCAAAAAGUUUUAUAAAAAAAAAAUGUAAGUUCCUGACCAUAUGCAGGAAGUGUAUCAUAAACUGGAACUAUUGUGUAGAUUUUUUUCCUUUAUGAAACUCUACCAAUGGGAACCACAAUCCUGUUACCUGGGAGACAUAAAGUUACCAAGAAGCCCCAGAAGUAUUGACCCCCACUUUAUGCUGAAUUUUAAGUUGCACGGCUAUAUGUUACUAAUUGUACAAGAUGACUGAUCCAUCAGUACUGUCUUCUUUCAUUUCUGUUUCCCCUAGAGUGCCCCAACACUGGCUGUAGGGCUUCUAAUCGGUAGGCAGCUUGUCGAGGUUGUUUACUCCUGUAUUUUUCAGAAUCCGACGCAUUAAUAACAAGAAUUCUUUUUGUUUAGUGAGGGACUGCAUAAUCAAAAUAACGUUGUUCGAUGAUUGAAUUUAUUUCCAAACUUCUGACAACCAAAUAGACUGUAAAAAGAAUGGAACCAUGCAGCGAUCGGCUGAGAAGCAAAAUCAACGCAUGGUGGCGCUGCAGGCUAAGGCUUAAGAAAGGACGAACGCGGAAAAGGAAAAAAAAAAUGCUUCUUCCGAUCUCCGGCUGAAAAGACCUUAGGGGGAGCUCAACCCAUUAAUUUUACAGAGAAUGCUGCUAACCUACACAUCGAAACAGGCUAUAAACUGAAAGACCGACCGCUGUCCGGGUGCCCUUGCAUCCUGGUUGCUGAAGCAAAUAUGAAGAUUGGAAGAGACAGCAGACAAAGGCAAGUCCUGUUGAUCUUUAUCUUACUGGGAGUGGCUGGGGCGGGCUGGGAGCCCCGCCGUUACUUUGUGUUGGAGGAAACACCAAGCAGCACGGUUUUGGCUGAUCUGGUCAAGGACCUAGGGCUGGGAGUUGCGGAGCUAGCUGCUCGAGGAGCCCAGGUGGUCUCUGAGGAUAACGAAUCACACCUGCAGCUUGAUCUGCAGACUGGGAAGCUAAUAUUAAAUGAAAAACUGGACCGGGAGGAGCUGUGCGGCCCCACUGAACCCUGUGUCACUCAUUUCCAAGUGUUACUGAAAAAACCACUGGAAAUAUUUCGAGCUGAGCUACGAGUGGGAGACAUAAAUGAUCAUUCUCCCGAGUUUCCUGAAAGAGAAAUGACCGUGAAAAUCCUAGAGACUAGCUCUAUUGGUGCUGUGGUUCUUCUCAAAAGCGCUCAGGAUUUGGAUGUGGGCAACAACAGCAUUCAGAACUAUAACCUUAGUACCAAUUCUCAUUUCCAUGUUUCCAUCCGAAACCGAGGUGAUGGGAGGAAAUAUCCAGAGCUGGUGCUGGACAAAGGACUUGAUCGUGAGGAGCAGGCAGAGUUCAGGUUAACUCUGACAGCGCUGGAUGGUGGUUCUCCGCCCAGGACUGGCACCUCACAAAUCCGGAUUAUUGUCUUGGAUGUCAAUGACAACGCCCCUGAGUUUGCGCAGGCUUUCUAUCAGGUGCAAAUUCUAGAGAACAGCCCGGUGGGUUCCCUAGUUGCUAAGGUCUCAGCCAAGGAUUUAGACACUGGAACAAACGGAGACGUAUCGUACACUCUUUUUCAUAGUUCUCAGGAGAUGAGCAAAACUUUUGAGCUAAAUGCUCUAUCAGGAGAGAUUCGACUAAUUAAAACACUGGACUUUGAGACAACAUCUUCAUAUGAAAUAGACAUAGAGGCAUCUGACGGCGGGGGGCUUUCUGGAAAAUGCUCAGUUUCUAUUCAAGUGCUGGAUGUCAAUGAUAAUUACCCAGAACUAACUAUUUCAUCGCUGACCAGCCCCAUACCAGAAAAUUCACCGGAGACAGAAGUAGCUCUAUUUCGGAUUCGGGACCGAGACUCUGGGGAAAAUGGAAGGACAGUAUGUUCUAUCCAGGAUGGUGUCCCCUUUACACUGGAACCUUCUGUUGAGAACUUCUAUAGACUGAUGACAGAAGGAGGGCUGGACAGAGAGAGCAGAGCUGAGUACAACAUCACCAUCACAGUCACCGACAUGGGCACACCCAGACUCACAACCCAGCACACCAUAACAGUGCAGGUGUCUGAUGUCAACGACAACGCCCCCGCCUUCACCCAAACCUCCUACACCCUGUUUGUCCAGGAGAACAACAGCCCCGCCCUGCACAUAGGCACCAUCAGUGCCACAGACUCAGACUCAGGCUCCAAUGCCCACAUCACCUACUCUCUGCUGCCCACCCACGACCUGCAGCUGGCCCUCGACUCGCUCAUCUCCAUCAACGCCGACAAUGGGCAGCUGUUCGCGCUCAGGGCGCUGGACUACGAGGCCCUGCAGACCUUCGAGUUCCACGUGGGCGCCACAGACCAAGGCUCUCCUGCGCUCAGCAGCCAGGCGCUGGUGCGAGUGCUGGUGCUGGACGCCAACGACAAUGCGCCCUUCGUGCUCUACCCGCUGCAGAACGCCUCUGCACCCUGCACAGAGCUGCUGCCCAGGGCGGCAGAGCCAGGAUACCUGGUCACCAAGGUGGUGGCAGUGGACCGCGACUCUGGACAGAACGCCUGGCUGUCCUUCCAGCUGCUGAAGGCCACAGAGCCCGGGCUGUUCAGCGUGUGGGCUCACAAUGGCGAGGUGCGCACCUCCAGGCUGCUGAGUGAGCGCGAUGCUCCCAAGCACAGGCUGCUGCUGCUGGUCAAGGACAAUGGAGAUCCUCCAAGGUCUGCCAGUGUCACUCUGCAUGUGCUGCUGGUGGAUGGCUUCUCUCAGCCCUACCUGCCUCUGCCAGAGGUGGCGCGUGAACCUGCACACGACAAUAACGACUUGCUCACUCUGUACCUGGUCAUUGCCUUGGCUUCUGUGUCUUCCAUCUUCCUCUUGUCUGUGCUGCUGUUUGUGGGGGUGAGGCUGUGCAAGAGGGCCAGGGCGGCCUCUUUGGGUGGCUGUUCUGUGCCUGAGGGACACUUUCCUGGUCACCUGGUGGACAUCAGCCGCAACGGGACCCUGUCUCAGAGCUACCAGUAUGAGGUGUGUCUGACUGGAGACUCUCAGAGUAAUGAGUUCAGAUUCCUAAAGCCCGUGUUUUCUAAUAUUCUAGACCAAAACUCUGGCGGGCAAUCAGGAGAUAAUCCACACUUCCCAAGUAUUUUAGGCGUGUGAAGGUUCACGUUUCACCAGCUGUAUAAUUCUGUCUCUUUUGAUUUUGCAUUUUCUUUUCAAAGUUUGUAGUAAGUUUAUCUGCAUUUGUUUUUCCUUUUCUCUACGAGUUUAAGUAGUGUUGUUUAUUAGCUUGUUAACUAUAUAAGUAUUUUUCAAGUUGUAUUGUUAUUGAGCAUUUUACAUCAGGACACUUCCUGUUCCUGAUUGAAUUGGCAGUACUCUCUCCCAAAGAAUGUGAAUUUCUUCUAAUGAACACAAUUCUAAUUUUAAAAGUACGUUUCCUGGCACAGGAGAAUAGAUUAGUUUAUAGAGUGCCUGUGCAGUUUGUUGGAGGCCCUAGGUUGGAUCACCCUGUAAUCCUAGCAUUUAAACGUGGAGGCAGGCUAUCAGGAAUUCAAGGUCAUCUACUACUUAGAGAAUUCUAGUUAGGCCUGGGCUAUAUGAUGAACAGGACAUAGUAAGUCCCCCAAAAUAAAAAUGCAUUCCUGAAUUGUGACACCACAGAAGAAUAUAUGAUUUCUUAAAAUCACACUUCAUUUUAAAAUUGGAAAUUCUUAGGGUUUUUUUGGCAUGGCUAGGACUUCAAUAGCCUUAUUUGUGUUUUCUUUAGUAGCAGUUCAUAUUCAUUCAUACUGAGUUUCUUUCAGAUUCCCUGAUUAUGUUUUCUAUUCUCUAACAGGAAGUAACAAGGUAAUUUCAAGCUUUUUUGGAUGUUCACUGUAAAUAUGGACUCAUGAAAAAAUAUAUUCACAUCGCCUGUUCUUUCUGGUCUAAGUUAACAUAGAAAAGAAUAAAAGCCUCUCCAUUAUCUUUAGCCAAUGGGAGUACUUAGCAUGUUGCUCCCAGACUGCCUGUGCUCAAGAACUUUCUGUAAAGCCAAUAGACUCCAGGAACAAUAAUAUAUUUCUUGCUGUUAUUUACUUUUUAUAGUGAGAAAAUCUUGGUGUAAACCCCAAAUUCUUGGCUCAGAAUAGCUUCUGGUGGUAUAGCAUGCUGAUAUCUGCUUGCUUUGGAUGAUGACAUUGCUCUGAUUGAUAAGGAAUUUGGAGGAAAAUGCAUUAUAGAAUUAAUAUUAGUUAGCCAAACAAAUUUUAGUAAUGGAUACGCUGAUGUAGUAUUGAAUGAUUUAGAGAAAUUAUUCGGAAAAAAAAAUGACCUCAAAGAUAUUCAAUCCUGAUCCCUAGAACCUAUGACUAUAACUUUACAUUGUAAAGAUAAAAUACAAAUGAAAUUGAAGUUGUUUAUAAACUAAAUGGAAAAUAGAAAGUAUAUCCUAACUCAUUUGGAUGGGUCUGAUAGGAACAGUGAAAGGCUUUAAAAGCAAAGUUGAGUCUACCUUGAGAUGAAGAGGAACAGUCUGGCAUUGUGGCACAUGUGUUUAAUGCCAGCAUGUGGGAAGCAGAGUUUAAGGCCACCCUUGUCUAGUGAGUUCUAGAACAGCUAGAGCUAGAGAGUGAGACCCUGUCUUGAAAACACACACACACCAAAAAAAAAAAAGAGAAAGCUAUGAAGAAGAAAUUUCCUAAGAACCAGCAGUGGUGGCACACACCUUUUAAUCCCAGCACUUGCAGGGCAGAGACAGGCAGAUCUCUGAGUUUGAGACCAGCCUGGUUUACAGAAUGAGUUCCAGGACAGCCAGGACUACACAGAGAAACCUUGUCUCCAAAAAGUAUAUAGUUGGAAUUGCAGACACAGAAUAGAACAUAUUCAGAUUGCUUUGAACAGACUUGAUAGAAAUGUGAUAUUAACAAUUCUGUUGGUGAAAAUGCAAAAGGAAGUAAGGAAUGUGGUGCUUAUAGAACAUGUUGGCUUAUAGAGCUUAUAAGUCAUUUAAAGCAAACUAUGGGGAGAAAUAUGGACAUUAAAGUUACUAUUAGAAAGAGCCCAGAUAAAGAGAACAUUGUUGAAAAUUAGAGGAAAAUUAAUACUUUUAUUCUUUUAUAUGGUUUUUCAAGACAGGGUUUCUCUGUGAAGAUUUGGAGCCCAUCCUGGAACUCACUCUGUAGACCAGGCUGGCCUCAAACUCACAGAGAUCCGCCACCAUGCCCAGCCCCUACUUUUAUUCUUAUAUAGUGGCAGAAAACUUGGCUGAAUUGUGACCUACAUUAGAUGAGGAAAAUAAUUGAUGCAUUUGGAUGUUUGGCUAAGGAAAUUUCCAGGAAAAGCAUUGAAAGUACACCCUGAUUUCUUCUCACUGUUUAUAGUAAAAUAUGAGAUGAAUGACUGGAGGAGAUUUUCAUCCUAAUUGCCUUGUAACAUAUGUUAAAAUCAGGAGAUUCACUGCCAGGGAUGCAUGUAUGCUGUGGAAUAAUCCUCUUGUACACUGUAAAGAUUUAUCACUAAAAAUGGUUUAGUAAAAUGCUGAUUGGCCAGUAUCCAGGCAGGAAGUAUAGGUGGGGUGACCAAACUAAGAAUGAUGGGAAGAGGAAGGUGUAGUAAAGAGUCAAUAGACAGAUGCUGAGGGAGCAGGAGAUGAAUGUGUCAUGCUAAUAAAAGAACCACCAUGUGGCAAAGCAUAAAUAGAAAUAUGAAUUAAUUUAAGUGUAAGAGUUAGCUAGUAACAAGCCUGAGCUAUUGGCUGAGCAUUUAUAAUUCAUAUUCAGCCUCUGGGUAAGUUAUUUAGGACUGGGCGGUUGGGACAUGUUUACACAUGCAUUGGAGAGAAAAACUUACAUACAACAGAGAAACCUUUCUCUAAUGCCUGCAAAAUAUCAGAGCAGUUAAUAAUGCAGAAAUCUCUUUGCAGGGACAAAUACAUUUUCUAGUAAUAGGUUUUUAAUGACUUUUCUCUCAUGUACCUAGACAGGUAUAAUGUAACUCUGAUUGCUGUGAUCAUAAUUACCAUACUGUCUGACUGACAGAACUUUCAGAAGUUGGUCUCAUCUUUUCAAUCUCCAGUAUGACUGGUAAUGGGUUAGAAAAUAAAAAGUAUUGUUUUCUCCAGACUAUUGCCAUUAACAGCCAGUCAGGAGUAGUUCCUGUCACUUGGAAGCACUGAUGACAAAUUUCAAAAUAAUAAUGUUGAUUUGAAUACAAAAUGAGAGAAAGAAGUACAUUUAAUUUUCUUGAUUUUUCUAAAUAUUAUACUUGAGUUAAUCCUAACAGUCUUCCCAUAUGCUGAGACAUUUUGAAGUAGGCCCAGAGAUUCAAACUUGCUAGGUCAGUUCAUUCAAGUUUCCAUGCUCUCACAAAUUGUUUGGAAUUGUCUCUUCCUCUUCUAUACAAUGAAGGUUAAUAUGAGGUGUUUGUGGUAGUUUGAAUGAAAAUUGUCUCCCAUCGGCUCAGAUGUUUGAACACUUGGUCCCAAGUUGGUGGAGCUCGUUGGGGAGCCGGUGAGGGCCUGAUGGAAAGCAACUCACUCAGCUGGGAUUCAGGAGUUCAUAGCAUUACCCCACAUCCAGUUUUCUCUAUCCACUUGGUGUUUGUAAGUGAAGAUGUGAUCUGUCAGCUUUUUGCUCUGGAUGCCUACUUCCAUACCUCCCCAACCAUUAUGGUCUCUUUCUCUCUCUCUGUAAAAGUAAGCAAAAAUAAACUCUUUCUUCCUUCA